GCUCAGCUCUGCCGUCGAGUGAGGGACGUUCCCUCGUCCCAAUCGCGUCGUUGUUCGGCAUAAAAAAAAAAUCGUAAAAAAAAGGGGAGAAAAAUAUAAACUUUGCGAAAAUUGUAAAGGGCCCGACGCCACAUUAAAAAACCCGCAAAUCACAUUAAAAAUGCUUAAACAUUCUACAAGAGUAACGGUAACAAGUGUCGAGAUGAGUAAAAUAUAGUGACGAUAAAAAAAAUCCAUAAACAUUCGGGAUUAAAUAAUAAUAAUAAAUAAAAUUUUAUUCAACGAAAUUAGUACGACUCGGCGAUAAUUAAUCGAACAAGUUGAUAAUUAAUCACUCCUUUGUUUCGCUAAACACCGAGUGGAGUAUCUCAACUAGUGAUUGAAAUAUGUGAGAGUAAAGUUGAAAAAAAUUUUAUCGCAAUUUCUCUUUCAUUCGAAAUAACACUUAUGUGACGAAGAGGAAAAAAUAAAAACGUGUGCUAAAAUAAACUCUGUCCCUGAGCUGAAAAACGCUGGCCGAUAAUGCACAGCUGACCAAAAAUUUUUCACCCAAAUUUUCAUCAAUCGACGAUAAGCCAUAAUCGAUCGGCAAAAAGUUCAAGAAAAAUAUAAAAAAUAUCAAAUCUCCAGGGAAUGAAGAGAAAUAUUAUUUCUGAUAUUGAAUAAUCACCAGCAUGUGCCUUGCCACAGUGACACGAAAAAUCCUCACCAAUAAUUAAAAUUGAAUGAUAAAUGCCCCAAGAAAUAACGAAUGCCUCCAAGAACAGUGUAGAAUAACCGUUGGCAUAAUUUAAAGGAGGUAAAAAAUUGUUGAAAAAUUACUGUUUGAAGAAAUGUCGAGUUUUAACAAGUUAUUACAUCGUACAAUCAACGACGACCUUUUGACAAUCGUCCACAGACGGACAAUGCACUGCGAGGAUUUAUCGCCAAGCGCCAACGACUCGACAAUUAAUGAAAUGCCUGUCAACAUUGACAACGAAAAUCCCCUCUUCGAUACCCACAAAAUACCCGAAUCACCAGACAACUGAGGUCUCGUUAAUUGUCCAAUCAAGCGUCAAAAUUUUCUAUCUCCAUGAAGUAAACAAAUUUUUCACCGGCAUUAUUUUCUCACCGACAAUCACAAAAUCACCAACGGAUCCACCAUGAGCCGAGAAAGUUGCUAAAUAAGGUCCAAUUAAAUCCGCUUCCAUUGACAAAAACGUGGAGUUACGCAAAACAUAACAUACACAAUUUAUAUUUAAAAAAAUAGAUGAGAGUGCAACUGCAGUCUCGUGGAGGAAUAUUCAUUAAAUAAACAAUGCUUUGGAGAUGUAAACAAAGGAGCUGACUUGCCUCCAGACAGGUACAAUGUGUAUCUGGGAAUGAUAAAAGAAGUGUCUUAAAUUUGUUAUUGAGAAUUAAACAACCUGAGGUGCAAGAAAAAUUUCCAUUGGGCAAAAUUAAAAUACUGAGUAGGUUAAAGUAUUCUGCGUUGAAUUUUGGCAGGCACUGUUAAUACAGCAGCAAUAAUUCAUCAUCACGCUUUUUAUCUAAAGGAAUAUAAAAAUAAAAACAAACGACGUAAAGAUAAAUAAAUAAGUAAAAUUGAAAAAAAAAAAAUAACGUUAAUAGUGAGUUCUUUAAAUCUAUAUCACUUGGCAUUUUAAUACACGAGGUUAUGAAUUAUAAUAAUUGAUGAAUAUUUAACGUCUCACAUUGGCCUUCAGCGCACUUAACCAUAAUAAUAAUAAUCUCGAUGAAUAAAAUUCGAGAGUGAGACGAGUAAUCGAUGAUUCAACAUUUAUUCGAGUAUACAAGGCUUUUUUCAUGUUAAAAAGAAAAAAAAUAAAUCAUUCAAGUUUUGAGAGUGCGUUAACUUGAAAUUAUUGAUAAAAAUAAUUAUGCUCAAUUCGUGCUGUGCUUUUUUACAUAAAUUAAUAUAAAAUUAAUACAAAUUGACAUUAGAUGAUUAGUGCGCAGUGAUUAGAUCGAUAAGUUUAGUGAAAAAACGGCGAGCGUAUAUGGCUUAUUGUGCUGAAUGAACUCGUUAUUGUUAUUUAGUUUAGCGCAGUUCAGUUUAAUGAGGGAAUAAUUUUUUCGAUUAUCGCGCGAGUGAUUGUGUUGUGACGGCCGAGUGGAUAUAUUUAUUUGGUUGUAUUUCAUUGUGAUUGAGGAGAAAUGCCUGUCAGACGGGGCCACGUUGCGCCGAGGACCACCAUCAUCGAGACUAUCAUCAGGAAGUUUGAUACACAUGAUAGAAGUUUUCUGGUAGCAAAUGCUCAACAAGGUUUAUGUCACAUAAUCUACUGUUCAGAUGGCUUCUGCCGUCUCACGGGAUAUUCAAGAGCGGAGGUAAUGCAGAGGCCAGCAGUAUGCGAUUUUCUCCAUGGUCCAAUGACCUCACCCCACGCAAUUGCUGCACUGAGGGAUGCACUACUGGCUGGGGCUGAGAAACACUUUGAAAUUCUCUACUACAGGAAAGACGGCACCAAGUUCUUGUGCAGCGAGGUCAUCGCGCCGAUAAGAAGCGAGGUAGACGACAUUUGUCUGCAAAUAAUCAACUUCGAAGAUCUCAGUGCACAGCCAACACCGCCACCAGCCGUACCAGCCCCCAGUCCCGCCAACAACAGACUAGUUACUCGAUUCGAUCGGGCGAGGGCAUCAUUCCGUGCUGGUCUAUCAAGAACUGGCGUUGUUGGGCCACCGAGAGUGAGGAACAGACCACGUGCGCCAUCAACAGUGCCUCAGCCACGUCACCUGCCUGACGGGACCAUUCUAGAUGAAGAUGCCUCCGAAAAUUGUCCACUGACGUCGGGAUCCUCCACAAUGGUGGAAUCCUGGGGAUCAGCGAGAAUAGGCACACCACCACCAUCAGGUAUAACUGCAGGACCACCUCUGCCCCUGAGCACAAGUACUUGUGGAGUUACAAUGCCACCUGCACGACCUAGUCCAACGUGUAUACCAACAGCAGCUCCCAUUGCCAGCCCUGAAGGCGUAAGCGACGUAUCACCGAAAUCAGGAAUUUGGGAGGGUCAGCAUACGUCUCCAGGGAACGGCAAUGAUGAGCCGUCGAGAAGUGUAUCACACGCGGCUAGUCUCGAUGCAAUAUCAAAGCGAAUGGUCAAAUCCGAUAUGGCCAAAAUACCCUGUAGAAGUCUUACAUGCAGUGUCUUAGCGGGUCGAGGGAGUGAAUACGUGAGCGGCCUUGAGCGAUGGCCAGCGACGGUCGAUAAUAUCAUGGAAGCCACGAAACACUCGAAAAUAUUUCCCGGCGUUGCAUCGGAGAGUGACUUACAGAGAUGGCGAACAUCCAGAGAGAGAAAAUCUCCAUCACUCAGUCAAAUGGGAUCAGACUCUGUCAAACACAAAUUUUCUCUCCAGGAUAACGGCUCAGCCAAGUACUUCCAGGGGGUGAUGCAUACGCCGAACAUGGGGGAAAAAGUCGCCCAGGUAUUAUCCCUUGGUGCUGAUGUUCUACCGGAGUACAAACUGCAAUCGCCACGUGUACACAAAUGGACAAUUCUUCAUUACUCACCAUUCAAAGCUGUGUGGGAUUGGAUCAUUCUCAUUCUUGUUAUGUACACUGCUAUUUUUACCCCCUACGUUGCUGCAUUCCUCCUUGGUGAACCUGAUUACGGUAGUAAAAAGAAGGCAACUAAGUAUAGCGAAGAUCCCAUUGUCAUCAUUGAUUUGAUUGUCGAUGUGACUUUUGUCGUGGACAUUCUCAUAAAUUUUCGCACGACCUUUGUCAAUCCGAACGACGAGGUUGUCUCAGGACCAUGGAAGAUAGCCGUCCACUACCUGAAGGGAUGGUUCCUCAUCGACUUGGUAGCUGCCAUUCCCUUCGACCUGUUAUUAUAUGGUUACAAUACUGACGAGACAACGACCCUGAUGGGACUCCUGAAGACUGCACGUCUGUUGAGGCUGGUAAGGGUUGCCCGUAAGAUCGACCGCUACAGCGAAUAUGGGGCAGCAGUACUACUACUAUUAAUGGCAACAUUUGCCCUCAUCGCUCACUGGAUGGCUUGCAUUUGGUAUGCUAUCGGUAAUGCUGAACGACCGUCCCUCAAGAGUAAAGUUGGAUGGUUGGAUAUUCUCGCCAACGAUACGCAUCAAUUCUACUUCAAUAAUAACACCGGCGGACCUAGUAUAAAGAGUCGUUACAUAACAGCUCUGUACUUCACCUUCAGCAGCUUAACAUCCGUAGGUUUCGGUAAUGUGGCCCCCAACACAGAUACCGAAAAGAUCUUCACAAUCGUCGUCAUGUUGAUCGGCUCUCUUAUGUACGCCAGUAUAUUCGGUAACGUAUCAGCGAUCAUUCAACGCUUGUACAGUGGCACUGCCAGGUAUCAUACGCAGAUGCUCCGCGUGAGGGAAUUCAUAAGAUUCCAUCAAAUACCAAAUCCCCUUCGUCAGCGUUUGGAAGAGUACUUCCAGCAUGCCUGGACUUAUACGAACGGCAUUGACAUGAAUAGCGUUCUCAAAGGUUUUCCGGAAUGCCUCCAAGCGGACAUUUGUCUUCAUUUAAACCGACAACUCCUCAACAACUGCAAAGCCUUUGAGAAAGCGAGUCCCGGGUGUUUGAGGGCUCUCUCCCUAAAAUUUAAAACAACUCAUGCACCACCUGGCGACACUCUGGUCCAUCGUGGCGACGUUUUAACGUCACUCUAUUUUAUAUCACGCGGUAGUAUCGAAAUACUGAAGAAUGAUAUAGUAAUGGCCAUCUUAAAUCCACCGGAUAUAUUCGGUGAAAAUCCCUGUGAGCAUACGACCGUUGGAAAGUCUUCCUGCAAUGUACGAGCCUUGACUUAUUGUGAUCUUCAUAAAAUACAUCGCGAUGAUCUACUGGAUGUUCUUGCACUUUAUCCGGAAUUUCAUCAGCAUUUCAUCGAAAAUUUGGAGAUAACUUUUAACAUGAGAGAUGAAGAACAAGCUGGCGUUGAUCCAAUAUCUGCACGAUUCCCAGUCAGCACACCAACGGAUAUUGAUACUGAUACGAGAAGAUUUGCUUUCCGUCCACCUAGAUAUCGGUAUGGGCCUGGUGGUCAAAGUUUAACCAGUGCACACUUAUUACCAACUGGUAGACAAGACUCACUUCAGGACGAUGCUGAUGAAUUUGAUAAAGCAAGUGGCCACGGUAUUCUUGAGUUCAGCACCGACAAAGCAGGUCAAGAUGUCACACCGCUCAAUCUCGAGUUCGAGGAACCAAAGCAAAGGAGCUCCACAUUGAACUCAAUAACCGGCAUGCUAACCCAUCUCAAGCGCAGUAUACCGGAUCUACGUCAGCAGAAGAUUCAUCUACAGCCGCUGACGAGUCACGACUAUCUAGCUAAACAGGCUACUACGACAUUGGUGAGACCAGCGAGACGUAGUUCCGCGGUGGUUGAGAGUAGUAUGGCUAGUCAUGGGUUGAUUCAACCAACAUCAAAUUCAUCAAGUCAUUAUACAAUACCAUCACCAUCGCAACAGCAGCAACAGCUGUUGCAUCCUUCAUCCAAUGGAGACUUUCAAAGUGGGCCCGGCCGGCCACUGGAAGAACUAACCACUAGACUAGAUGACUUGUCAAAACAAGUGUCAUCCUUAGAGCGCACAAUGGCAAGUGACAUAAGACUCAUAUUGGCAUUGCUGCAGCAAACACUAGACACAUCCAAGGAGAGCUCCAGCACCGAAAUGAUGCCUGGCACAGCGCCAGCUGCAACAACAGGACCAAGGACAAAUCGUGCACCAGCACUGGCACAAAGAUCAGCCAGUGAGCCACAAUCAUCAUCGAUACCAGCAGCCUCAUCAGCCAAUGGAAAUGGGACAAAAAUACAGUCGAGUGCGUCUCACAGUCUUUUUCGGCCACCAUCUAGCAGAGAUCCAACAUCAACAUCGUCAGGUACAUCACGAUUAACAGUAACAUCUGAUACAUCAGCCCUUGCCACUGCCCUGCAGAGUGCCCUCAAUGGUGCUGCUAGUAGAACAGCACCAACCCGAUCACAGAGUCAACCGGUUGAUCUUACGGGACCACCAACGACUUCGCAAUCACAUCAUCAUCAUCAUCAGCCACAGUUGUACGGAUGGCAUAGUCAACCAGCUGCUUUGAGACGGGGUGAAUUCAGGACUGGCUACAGCUCGUUCAAUAAACGUUCAGAACCAGAGUCCGACGAUCCCUGGAGUACUUGUGCAGUAUCAAGCGUCGAGACACGUCCCACAGCAGCGAUUCAACGUCCCCGCAGUAGUGAGCAAAAGAAAGAGCUAAGUCCCUCCCAGUCCCAUCGUAGCACAAAUCUGGAUUACAGUGGCAGUGCGACGAUACCAAAGCCAGACAUUAGGACACAACAAACACCAGAUAUUCCAGCCCCGCGAACUGAGACCACCAGACAAACCAGUGAGGACAUAUCAUGGGAGUUUACAUUGACAGAAGCGCCAAUAGCACGAUUGGAAUCAUUAGACGAACUCGAUCAAGAUCACGGUAGUUAAAACACAUGAUUUAUUCAUCAAUGAUGAUAUAAUUUUGCAGUGAAUUUGUGGGAACAGAUUCAAUAAUGGUCAUUAACAGACUACAACGUUCACACGUUAUAUAAAUAUUUUGGCUGUGCUUGUAAUUAGCCCCUUUGGGCUCUCCAUCAUCUAUAUGUUAAUAUUAUGGCAAUUGCGCAUAAAAAGACACGUUAUUACACGUCCACGUUUUUACAUUCAAAUGAAUGGAACGUAGGGGAAAUUUUAUAAUUUCAAAUGAUUUUGUGAUGCUGAGUGGGGGCCCCGAAGAGGCUGUGCUGGGUCUGAAAGUAUGAGGUCGUUUGACAAGUGGCGUUACGAUAUCAGUCUGACAGAGAGAAUGACAACUAAGAUUUUACGCUGAUGAAAGCUUUCAUUACUGGGGAUGGACGAUAUUCUUAACGGCGUCGAUUGAAUGAAUUAUUCAGAAAUCGGCGUUCUUUCUAAUUACGGGGAAAAAAACAUAAUUUUGAUGUUUUUUUUUAUUGAAAUUAUAUUUUUGAAAAACAGCCCGAAACACUUACAUAGUCGGGCUAAAUAAAAAAUGCCAGAUAGAUCGUGGACAGGUAUUUGGGGAGACUUGAGAGAGACCACGGCCACGGUCACAUAAAAAAUCAUAACUUUCCAUUCCGAAUCAAUCGUUUUAAUUUUUUUAUAGGUCAUAACUUAUAAUUUUUUUUAUUAAAAAAUGGAGACUUCCCAUUGACCGCUAAACAUCGUCCAUCCUGGUUCAUUACUGUGUACGCAGAGCUCAACAGAGGUGAUGAUAUCUUACAGGGGAAUUCGAGAGCCCCAGAAUGACGCUUACGAUGAGAAAUGAUUGUAACAGAACAAGAAUAUGACAGAACGACAUAUCGUGAAACUGAGGAAAUGCGGGUUAACUGAUUAAUGGAGGCGAUGAGCGGAAGAAGUUGUGAGUUUGAUAAAGAAUUUAGUAGUUACAUUCAACGAUUAUUCAAUGCAUCGUCAUGAAAACAGAAUAUUAAGUUAACGUCUUAUGAGAUUUUAUACCAAUCACGGUUGCAUGAAGGAAAAUUAAGCGGAUUAUACUCUAUAUUAUAAUUACUGAUAUGGCAUGAUAUCACGUGCCCUUCGUUUAGACGAUAAUCCUCACUAUUUCGUCUCCCAAAGUAUUGUUCCUCUUCAUGCUUUUUUUAAAUCACAAAAUAAUGAAAGAAAUCCUAGAAUUAUUUCAUAACCGUUGAUUACCAUACGGUAAUAAUGUCAGUUAUGAAAUGUAAAAAUAGAAAGGAGAGAGUGAGAACAUUGCCAGUAGCUUUCCUAUCCGUUGGUUAAAUUUGAAUAAUUUGCUCAGUAUUUUCAUUAGACGAUGAUUUUGUCCGCACCAACAUUCGAUAAUAAUUAGUCUGCAUAAUACUUCGGGUUUGUCUUUUCUUUUGUGUCGUGAAUGACAUGAAAUACUAUUGAGUAAUCGUGUGCGAUUAUUGCAGAAGGCUUUCAAUGAAUGAAUGGGAUUAAGAAAAUAAUAAUGAUCUAUAACAAUCACAAUGACACUAGUGUAAUUAGUGGAAUUUCAGAUGAUAAACUCUAGAGAAAAUCUAUAUUAAAUAAUUUUAAUUAACGUCGCACUGUUAUUCCGUAGAUGCUCAUGUAGUCUGGUUCGAGGAUUUUAAAAUGUACGUCGAAAUUUUUAUUUACAAAUUUUUUGUCACGAUAAUACGCUGAUGAGAAUAUUAGACCUUUCUGGUUUAUCACCAUUACCUCAGUUCACUUCAAUGAAAAAAAAAAAUUUUCUUUUCAAAUGAUUGAAUAUUAAUUCUCUCUCUUCUUAUCGUUACUAGUGAAACAAUAUAAUGUUAGGUUUAGAUAUCUUGUUAUGAAUCGAAUCUCGUCCUCAUUCAUUCAAAAAAUGAAACUCAUUUCUGUUUUUAUUCUCUUUGAGAGGGGAAAUUUGCAUUAGCCACUUUGAAUAAUAAAGCUGUACUCAAUCACUUGUAAGGAAGGAUGAAAUUAUUCAUUAAAAAAACACAUGUGAUAAAAGCUUAAUUUUGCAAACGAAGAGACAAAAAUCAUUGAGAAAUUUAACGAAAGUCCUGAGCUGGACGCAUUCGUGCGAACGUAUUUUGUUCGUCUUUGCCGAGGCUGUGUCAUGAGACAUCACCGUGAUAGUUUGUCAUUACUGAGGCUGAGACAAUUGUAAUUGAAAUUAUCCAAGUGUUUUUUUUUAAUCGCCCGUAAAUGAUCUCUCGAACUGGAUGGAGACAGACAAUGCGAAGGAUCACGGUGAUUGCUCGUUUCAAUGUAUAAUAAAUAACUUUAAUUAUUAAAUGACAAAAGAAAUGAAAUAUUCACAUAAACAUAAAACAAAAUGGAUAACGAAUUAUUCGCGUUUUUUCGCAAACUAUCACGUUAAGACCGAGAUUAUUGUAUAUAAUGAGCAGGUUCUCUCCCCAAGGUUAAUAUUGGAUUGUACGAUUACGCGAAGAACGCACUGAUUUGUAACACAUACAUUAAUAUUAAAAAAAAGAAUGUCAAUAGAUGACAAAAGUAGGAA